CAUUUUACGGAAGAGAUGGGUGUACCUACAACAGCGGAGCUAGAAAACAAUAGUAAUCAGAAGAAGUACACGGUCAAUCGGACUUCAAAAGGGGAUUUAGUUAUUUCGAAAAUAGUUUGUGGCCUUUUAGUAUUGUUAGCAAUGAUUCUCAUAGCAUUAGCGGCCUUAUUAACAUACUUUUUAUUACCUUAUUGUCCAAAUGAAGCUACUCCCGAAGCUUUAAGGAAAGCAGUUGUUAAAGAUGGACCUGCAAGGCUUCCACGAAGUAUACAACCCUUACACUAUAGACUUCAAAUAAUACCAUUCCUUGAGGAAGGAAAUUUCACAACAAACGGCGCAGUACAAAUAAAUGUGAAUGUUACAGAAUCGACUAACAAAAUAGAGCUAAAUAUUAAUGACAUAGAGAUAAACCAACAUUCCGUAGCUGUUAAACGUGUAAGUGAUGACAAAAGUGUAAAAGUAAGCGACCAAAAAUAUGAUAACGAGUCGCAAAAAUACAUAAUAUCCUUAGCGGAAUCCUUAAAAGAAGGAGAUCAGUAUCAAAUAGCCAUCACAUACAAUGGAAAACUCAACGAUUACAUGCAAGGGUUUUACAGGAGUUCUUACAUUGAUUCUAAUACAAAAGAUGUCAGAUGGAUAGCAAGCACCCAAUUCUCCCCAACAGAUGCCCGAAGGGCUUUCCCGUGCUUCGACGAACCAUCUUUCAAAGCAAAAUACACUGUCAGUAUCGCUAGACCAUCAAAUAUGACUUCAUUAUCAAACAUGCCAAAACGUGAAAGCGUUGUUGUAGUCGACAGAAAAGAUUGGAUUUGGGAUCACUUCAAAGAAACGCCUCAAAUGUCUUCGUACCUUGUUGCUUUUGUAGUAAGCGAUUUGCAGCCUUUCCGGUUCAAUUCAUCGGAAAAACUGUUCACCAUUUGGAGCAGGAGAGACGCGUUAGAACAGACGAGAUUGGCUAUGGACAUUGGACCAAGAAUUUUGUCGUAUUUCGAAAGAUAUUUCGGCAUCGAUUAUCCCUUGCCCAAAAUCGACAUGGUUGCAGUGCCUGAUUUUGGAUUUAAUGCUAUGGAAAAUUGGGGCUUGAUUACCUUCAGAGAAGCUGUUUUACUAUUCGACGAAAAGAUAUCUACAGUCGAAGACAAAAGAGCUGUGGCUACCGUUUUAGCCCACGAAUUGGCCCAUCAGUGGUUUGGAAACCUCGUUACCCCUAAAUGGUGGGACGACUUAUGGCUAAAAGAAGGUUUCGCCAGCUACUUACUGUAUUACGGAGUUAAUUUUGUGUUUCCCGAUUGGAACAUUUUAACUGAAUUUAUCAUGACAGAAGUUCACAAGGCCUUCGCAAUUGAUUCCUUAAAGUCGACACACCCUCUGACCUUUACAGUUCACUCUACAGACGAAAUAAGGCAGAUGUUUGAUCCCAUCUCCUACUCUAAGGGUGCUUCCAUUAUUAGAAUGAUAAACAACUUCCUUGGCGAAAGAACCUUCAAAGCAGGACUUAUCAAGUAUUUACACACAUUUACUUAUUCUAACGCAAGACGGGAUGAUUUAUGGGACGUGUUGACCCAACAAGCUCACGAAGACGGAAAUCUUCAUGAUGAUCUGUCCAUAAAAGAAAUUAUGGAUUCUUGGACUGUACAGUCAGGUUUUCCAGUAGUCACGGCUGUUAGAAAUGGUAAAAGAGUCGACGUUUCUCAGAAACGGUUUACUUUUGACAAAAGCUUUGCCGAGGAUACCUUGUGGUGGGUGCCGUUGUCUUAUACUACCGAUCUUCGUACCAAUUUUGACGAUACGUCUCCUAAGCAAUGGUUGAAAAAGGAAACCGGAAAGAACUUCGAAAUUGAAGCAAACAGAUGGUGGCUUGUCAACCCACAUCAGACAGGAUAUUAUAUUGUAAAUUAUGACGAACAAAAUUGGAGAGCACUGACAGAGAACAUCAUGUCGUUCCCGACGACGAUAAAGGCACAAUUAAUUAGUGAUUCAAUGGACCUAGCAAGAGCCGGUCUUCUUGACUACGAUAUACCGUUAAAACUUAUCAAAAAGCACAGUUUAGAAGACAAAGACAUCACGUUCCUUCCUAUGCACGUCGCAUUUACGAAAUUUGAGUAUUUGUACAAUGUGCUAUAUUCCACUCCCGCCUUUGGAGAUUUUGACAUUUUCUUGUCUACAAUAUUCUCUUUUGCGUUUGAUAACGUUGACUUUGAGGAUUCUCCUACGCAUCCUUAUUUAGUUCAAAGGAUAAGGAGGACGGUAAUAAAGUGGGCAUGUAAGAGGCCUGAAACUAGAUGUGUUGCCACAGCAAGGCAUCGAUUCCGAAAUUUGAUGUCUGGUCAAGGAUCACAGGAAAUUACAGCAAAUACACAAGAAACCAUUUUCUGCACUGCCAUUCGAGAAGGCUCUGAACCAGAGUGGAACUUUGCUUAUGAACAGUACCUCACAACAACCUCCAUUUCGGAAAAAGAAACCAUCCUCAACGCCUUAGGUUGUGCCUCUAAACCUUGGCUUUUAUCAAGGUAUUUAGAUUACAUGAUAAAGAAUGAAUCUGGAAUUCGGAAACAAGAUGGACCUCGAGUAUUUAGAGCCGUUGCCUCUAAUUACAUAGGCCAAAGCAUUGCAUUUAAUUUCUUGUUGACCAACUGGAAACAAAUUAAUGAGUAUUAUGGAUCUGCAUUUAACACUAUUAGCAAGAUGGUAGAAGAUUUGACGAUAUUUAUGAAUACGGAAUCACAACUGGAAGAACUCCUUAAAUUCAGAAAGGAGAAUUGGGAUUCGUUAGGAGCAUCAGCGCAAGCCUUUGAUAACGCAGUGGAAAUAGUCAAGAACAACAUUAACUGGAUGAAGAUUAAUUAUCGAUCUGUUGAAAAAUGGCUCCAAGAUCAUAAUGACCACUAUGUCAUAUAAACAAAUUUUGCACCAAUACCAAAGUAUACAUAGACAACAGGUAAAACAAUUACUGACUAUUUUUAAGAUACAUUUAUAGUAUACAGUAGGCAAGUACCUACAGUACUUCUUAUUAGUGUUUUAUCAUCAUUUUCGUUUCUCAUAUACAUAUAAAUUGUCACCGUUACAUAUUUUUAUAAUUUAUUAAAAUACUACUUUUGUCACAUAUUUGUUGAGCAAGUAAAUGUGUAGAUGUAAGUUUUAAAAACAAAUGCCUCGUUGCAGAAAUGGUAA